AUGGAGGAAGAAGAGGAGAUUCUCAUCAGGACCAUCCUGACCUCCCCAGAUGAAGAAAAGGAGACACCCAAGAGGAGCAAGAAGAGGAAGAAGAGGAUAACAUCCAGCUCCUCUAAGAAGAAGUCUCUGAAUCAACAGAUCAUUCCAGUGGAUGAAGAUGUGACUACACAUGAAAAAUGUGCCAAGGAGAGAAAAGUCAUCCUCAUCUCUUUAAAAGAUGCAAAGAAGCCACAGAUCAAGAGAGAAGACAAGGUUCUGAAGACAGAAGUCCAGCAGGAGGACCAGAGAGUCUCAGGAUUCAUAUCCUUAUUUGCUGUUUAUCAGACAAAUGAAAUUUUGGAGCUGCAGAGGAUGAGGAUGAAGGAAGAGAUCCGAGAGUACAAGUUCCGAGAAGCCAGACUCCUCCAGGAUUAUACAGAGCUGGAAGAAGAGAACAUCACAUUACAGAAACUAGUGUCCACCUUAAAGCAAAACCAGGUGGAAUACGAAGGCUUGAAACAUGAGAUUAAGCGAUUUGAGGAGGAUACAGUGCUGCUGAACAGUCAGCUGGAAGAUGCAAUUCGAUUGAAGGAGAUUGCUGAACAUCAGCUGGAAGAAGCCCUGGACACCUUAAAAAAUGAAAGAGAACAAAAAAUUAAUCUCAGAAAAGAACUCUCCCAAUACAUAAAUAUCAAUGACAGCAUGUAUAAUAACCACAUUAAUAUUACAGUAGAUGGACUGAAAUUCUCUGAGGAUGGAGAAUCCAAUAAUGAGGACAAAAUGAAUGGACACAUCCAUCCCCCUAUUGCAAAACUGAAUGGCGACUAUCGGACUCCUGCAGUUCGAAAAGGGGAGUCACUGCAUCCUGUUUCUGAUCUUUUCAGUGAGUUGAAUAUUUCGGAAAUGCAAAAACUCAAACAGCAGCUUAUUCAGGUGGAACGGGAGAAGGCAAUAUUACUAACCAACCUGCAAGAGUCUGAGACUCAGUUGGAACAUACAAAAGGAGCCUUAACUGAGCAACAUGAGCGGGUUCAUAGACUUACAGAACAUGUGAACACAAUGAGGAGGCUUCACAGUGGCAAAGAGUUGGACUCUGAUAAAGCUAAAGUUUCAGAAGAUGAAACCCAUGACUAUGAAGUAGAUAUCAAUGGACUGGAGAUCUUGGAGUGCAAAUAUAAAGUAGCAGUAACCGAGGUGAUAGACCUCAAAGCUGAACUAAAAGCCUUAAAAGAAAAAUACAAUAAACAUAUAGAGGGCUACACAGAGGAGAAAUCAAAGUUGAACUCGAGAAUCCAGAUGUAUGAUGAACAAGUAACAGGACUUGAGAGGGCAAGUAAGGAAAGUGGAGAAAAACUACUUGUUAUGGAGAAGGAGCUUCAGAUUAUGACUGCUAUUGCAAAUGAAACCCAUAAUACCCUUAAUACUGCUCAAGAUGAGCUAGUGACUUUUAGUGAAGAACUAGCCCAACUCUACCACCAUGUUUGUCUCUGCAACAAUGAAACACCAAAUAGAGUUAUGUUGGACUACUAUAGGCAAAGUAAAGUAACUCGCACUGGAAGUUUAAAAGGUCCUGAUGACCCUCGAGGACUACUUUCACCAAGGCUAGCUAGGAGAGGUUUGGCUUCUCCACUUGAAGCGAGAAGUCCGUCUGAACCAGUACCAAAUGAUAGCAUAGAAUCCAGCAAAGAACUAACCCCUCAGAAGUCUGCUACUGUAUCCCCUGUCAUCACUGCCCCCCCAUCCUCCCCUGUAUCUGACGCUAGCGAUAUUCGUAAAGAGCCAAUGAACAUCUACAACCUCAAUGCCAUUAUCAGGGAUCAAAUCAAACACUUACAGAAGGCUGUGGACAGGUCCUUACAACUGUCACGUCAGCGAGCUGCAGCUAGGGAACUAGUGCCCAUGAUUGAUAAAGACAAAGAAGCCUUAAUGGAAGAGAUUCUCAAACUGAAGUCUCUGCUUAGUACCAAACGAGAGCAAAUAGCAACCCUCAGAGCAGUAUUAAAAGCAAACAAACAGACUGCAGAAGUAGCACUUGCAAACCUUAAAAAUAAGUAUGAAAACGAGAAGACCAUGGUAACUGAAACGAUGAUGAAACUACGGAACGAGCUGAAGGCAUUAAAAGAGGAUGCUGCCACCUUCUCAUCACUAAGAGCCAUGUUUGCCACCAGAUGUGAUGAAUAUGUGACACAGCUAGAUGAAAUGCAGAGACAGCUGGCAGCCGCGGAGGAUGAGAAGAAGACUUUGAAUUCUCUGUUAAGGAUGGCAAUCCAGCAAAAGCUAGCGCUCACGCAGAGAUUGGAAGAUCUAGAGUUUGACCAUGAGCAAUCCUGGCGUACCAAAGGCAAGACAGGAAAAACCAAGAUCGGUAGCCCCAAACAGUUCCCAGCUCCAGUUGCAAGAAAUCCGCUUCACACGUAUUGCACCAAGCUCCCAUUCCAAGCAACGCACGACAGGCCACCACUCAGGGUCCCAACAGGAAUUUCCGCAUCAGCCAACUCCAGCCCAGAAAAGCCUUCUGCACUUCUCUUCCACCAGCUGUCAGCUUCGAGGAGCACAGGGCAACUUAAUUCACAAUGCUUCUUUCCGCUGCAGGCUUCCAGCCAAAGUUUUACACACAGCCCGGAAUCUUCUAGCUCACGACUACAGAAAAACUUCAGUUUUACAGCAUCAUCAUCAUCAUCACCACCACCCAGAACCAGAGACCCUCACUCUAUAACUUCCACAUGUUCCAGGCAAAAAGGUAACCACAUUCUGCUUGCUGCGUGUUCCCCCAGAUACAUGCAGCCACGACAAACUUACUAUCCAUAUAUUGAAUCAAGGCUUCAUGAAACAAGGGUCCUUACCCCAAGACCUUUAAAACCUAGUUAUACAGAACACACUGACCUCAGUGAAAGAUUAUUUAGUCCUGAAUCAAACCAGUGA